GGUGGGUACGCGGCGGUGGUUCCUGGCGGAGAGAGGGGCAGGGGGGCCGGGCCCGGAGCCCGCGGGAGGUCUGCGGUGCUCAGGUGUGGGAAUUGGGCAGAGGCCUCGUCCGUGUUCCCUGGAGACAGAGAGGGGCAGGGCCCCGGUGACCGCUCUGAGGGGACGUGUGGGGGCAGCACCCCAGUUCCACUGCCCAGCAGAGCUGCAGUGGUUCCGGGAGCGGUGCCCAAACCAAAGGGGACAGCGCCGAGCUGCCUUGUGUCAGCUGAACAGUUUUAUCUCGGCUGGACUCGGUGGGACUGGUUAAAGUCAAGAGAUGUCAACCCCACCUCUCGCUGGGGCAGGCAUGCCACCCGGGGCGUUCGCAGGGACGCAGGCUCAAGCAGCAAGGGAGGUAAACACAGCUUCUCUCUGUCGAAUUGGCCAAGAGACUGUGCAGGACAUUGUAUUUCGAACCAUGGAAAUCUUCCAGUUACUGAGGAACAUGCAGUUACCAAAUGGUGUUACUUAUCAUACUGGAACAUAUCAAGACAGACUGGGAAAGCUGCAGGAACAUCUCCGUCAGCUGUCAAUACUCUUCAGAAAACUGAGACUAGUCUAUGACAAAUGCAACGAAAACUGUGCUGGGCUCGAUCCUGUUCCCAUAGAACAACUUAUUCCAUAUGUUGAAGAAGAUGGCUCCAAGCACGAUGAUCGUGGUGCUGCAAGUCAGCUUCGUUUUGCUAGUGAAGAGAGAAGGGAAAUUAUGGAAGUAAAUAAGGAGCUGGAUCUCUGCUGUAUAUCAUCAAGUCUUGGAUUAGCAAUUGGAAAAGAAAGAAGCAUUAGAUAAAUGCACAGUUACCUUCAAAAUACUUUUUAGUCUGUCAAAUACUUGAUUAGAAAUUCCAAAUUAGUGCACAUGAACUGUCCUGUUUUACGUGCUUCUCAGGAGUCUGGAACUGAGUAUUGGCUCUGCUUCCAGGGAAUGUGUCCACUGUGUUCAGGAAUAUUUCCCUUGCUCAGAGUUCUAUGUUCCCCAUGUCAUUUGAGUGUAAUUACAAUAGUACUUUAGCCAAUUUUUACAGAUUUGACAUCAAUCAGCUGCUUUUUUUUUUUCCCUGGACUUCUUUCCCAGCUGACCAGCUGGGCACCUUAAAAAUGUUGUUUUCCACAUCAAAAUUCAAAAGACUGAUAUUCAGGAUAUUGCUUCUUUUUAUCACUGUUCCAGUUACUUUGGUUAUAUUGCUGAUCUGGGUUGUCCUUUUAAUGUGUUGUCUUUUAGUAGUGCAAAUAAUAAAGUUAUGUCAAACCUGAAAUAUUUGGAUAGUUUGUCCUCUUUCGAUGGUAGCAAGUCUCUCCCUUGCUUUCACUCUACUUGGAACUCCAGACUUCACCAAUGAAUAGCUAGUUUGAUCUCUAAUGUGAUAGUGCUGACAUCUUAUCAAAUUGAAAUGAAAUUAAGGACAUAGGUUGCUGUCAACAAUACACAGUAACUUAGUUUUUGGCAGCUUUGAUUUGAGCAGGAAAAGAAAGAAAUCAGACAAUAAGUAUGUGUAUUAUUCUGAAAUGUGAAAGGUUAGGGAGGUUGUUCAAUGUCUUAGUCUUUCUUUUGCAGAGACAUAGUUUUUAAGUUCUGCUUAUGCACCCAGAUAAAAGAAAGUUUGCUGCUUGACUAUUCAUUCAGAUGCUUCUGCAGUUCACGAAAACACAUACACAAUUUUAAAGAAUGCCAUGUGCUUGGGAAUGGAAUAUCUGUUUCAAGACAGGAGCCCUUGGGGGUGACCUACAUAGGCAGAAGGGCUGGAAAAUCUUGAUUGGCUUCUCCUGUACCUUGUGCUUUGUUCAAACUUCUACUGUUAAUCCCUCAUUUAUCUGUGCACGCAUGUUAUACAACAUAUGUUCACAUAAAUGUACCUGUUCCCUGAACUGUGUUGGUCCAAAUUACCAAUUCUUUUCUUUCUACAUAAAGUGCUGUCUUUUGGACUUUGGAAAGGGAGGAUCAGUCCCCACAAGCAUCUGAUUUUUGAUGGGAUCAAGUGUUUUUUUAGGAAAAAAAGCUGCUAUGAAAAGAAACAGCAUUCCCCCUCUAGCGAUGGUUCUUAACUUUUGAGGCUUUCUUGUAUUUUUAGCUUGCUUUAAAGAGGAUGUAUUAUCCCACUAAUUCUGCUCACAGGCGACUGAGAAGAUCCAUAUAGUGUUUCAUAGCACUGUAACUUUUGUUGAAUUUCCGAGUGCGCUAUUUGAACUGAUCACAAAAAACCUUCUAAUAAACUCUUUCCACAGAAACUGAAACAGAAGAAUCAGCAGCUGAAGCAGAUCAUGGAUCAGUUGCGGAAUCUCAUUUGGGACAUAAAUGCCAUGUUGGCAAUGCGGAACUGAACAAGGAAAAUCAAACUUCGUAGCUGGAAAAUAUAUGAUUUUUUUUUAAUACACUUAAUUUCUUUCUAAGAAGUAACAUAUUUUCCCACAACUAUAUUGCAGUAAUGUUUGAAAAGUUCAAGAUUAAAAUGUUGGUUUUUUGUAACAA